AUGUCAAUUCAACCAUCUGUUGAUUCAUCAGAGUGGCACUAUAAAUGUGAAGGACUCGGAAAUGUAAUUUUGGGAUAUUGUGGAAAUAAUCCAAGAUUUGUAGGAAGAGUUUUGAGAGUGAGAAAAUGUCCUCGUUCCGAACUAACAUCCAACAAAUCAACCAUGGAUGAAAUGUAUUCAAAAUCGGAGGGAAUAAUUUCCAGAGAAGAUUAUUUAACAAUUUAUGUUAGAGAUGUUAUUGGAUCACUCUUUUCUACUUGCUAUCCGAAUAAUAGUGGAUUAGUUGAUGCUGGUGAAACCAUUUCUUUGAGUAGAGAAUUUCUAAGAGAAAUGAAAAGUAAAAUUGAUCUUGUCAGACCUACUCAAAUGUUGGAAUACAAAUUAGAUUUUGAUAUCAAUGCUGAUUGUGGAAUGUUAAUGCGUGAUUUUACUUAUAACAGAAAACAUACUCAAAAAACCAAUAGUGAUGAUGCCACAUUUUGUGUAGAGUUUAAACCAAAGUGGGGAAUGAUUUGUAGAUCAGAAUUUAUCAAGGAUGAAAACAAGCCAUUGAAAUAUGAAACUUGUAGAUUUUGUUGUCAACAAUUAACAAAACUCAAACAAGGGCUCAUCACUAGUUUUACUAAAUUUUGCCCAACAAAUUUAUUUUCCAGUGAAGAGGCACGAGUUAGAAAAGCCAUUGAGGACUUGAUUCAAAAUCCACAAAAUAAUAUGAAAAUUUACAUUAAUGGAGAGUUGAAUUGGUUUGAUGACAAUAAUAUUCCAAACAGAGAUUUUAAGGAGGAGCUGAUUUCCACUCUGACUAAAUAUCAUAUUGACAAUUUGGAUACAUUUAUUAAGAGAUUAAUUUUCUGCAUUUUAGAUUCGAAUAUUAUGGAAUGUGUUCAGAGAAUGCAAAUGUUAGAUCGAUUUGAUAUUGAAUUUGUUGCAAAGUAUGUUUACCCACCACUCAAGGAUAAGUACAAGAGUGAUGAAGUAAUUCAAGCCAAAUUAUUCGAUUGGAAGACUAUUCCUGAAUGGAUUGAGCCUCUCAAAGCUGAAUUAUCUUCAAUGGACAACAAGUGCAAGGAAUUCAUUUGUACUUUGAGUGGAUUCUCAAAGGAUGUAUCACUCACUUUGGAAAAUGAGUUGCAAGCUCAUCAUCCAUAUACUAAUAUCAAACCUCAUUUGAAAUCUUUGGAUGAAUUUGUAAAGGAGUGUACUAUUGAGAAUGAGGAGUUUUUGUGGCACAUUUUGAGAAUGUACCUCAUAGCUCAUGGUAUUAAGGAUUGUUCAGUCAUGAUUACCUUUAAUGUGACUCGAGGAGAGAAUCAAUUAGAUCAUGAUUAUGAUAUUGGAGUUGUGGAUUUGGAUCCAAAGCUUGUUUCUAAAGUCACAAGUUAUUUAGUUCAAGAUCAAGACAUUGUUACUCGAUUCAUGGAAAGUAAUACAGUCUAA